AUGAUAGCGGACUACUUCGUCGCUGAGGCGUGCAGCUGGGGCUUCGGCAUCCUCUUCGUGCUGCUCUUCUUCGUCGGCAAGGCGCAGAACCGCAAGAUUGCGGACAAGUGGCUGGAGGAAGCGGAACCUGUGUUGCGCACCCAGUUCUCGUACACGGGAUCGUCGGUGGAGAACGGCAUGGGCCUCCUUGAGGAGAGCCGCAGCAACUUCAAGUACUUCUGCACUGGCCGCCGCUUCUUGACGCGCUUCGUGGCUGACCUGGAGCUGAAAUCUCGCCACGAUCUCAUCUCGCGACUCUACCGCAUCGUCGUGCCGACGUCGGACUUUUUGACGAUCGAUGUUGGUCUCCAUGGUGAAGAUGUGGACCCGUUCAUUCUCGGUAUCUGCAAGAAGCUGGGCUUCACCGCUCUGUCCAAGAUUUUUCCUGAACUGAUUGAAACAGCGAAGCAAGUCCCGGUUAAGGAGGUACCCGAGUCGAUGUGGGUUUCUACGGACUGCACUGAGAUCCCCAAGGCAGCGCUGACGCACUCCAUUCAGGCGUCUCUCAACGAACUGGAAGACUUUCUGGAGUACAUCGUGAUCACGGACAUGAACAAGCAACUGAUUAUUGGUAUGCCAAGGACGCAGAAGCACGUGUUGAGAGUCCGCUUCAAGCUCCAGGUUGGCUCAAAGAAGCUGGAUGUUCCAAAGGCGCUCCAGCUCGUCUUUGCCCUGGUUGACGGUGCAGGAGCCACGAUCAAGCUGUCGCCGAAUGCUAAGCACAGCGCGAUCAAGAGACGCUUGAAGAUCAAGCAGGCUGCUGAGGCUCUGGCUUCUGCUCAAGAAGAUAAUAUCUCCCGCCGCCAGGCAGAGUUGAACGAGAAGAAGCAGAAGGAAUACGAGUCGCUGUCGUACGAAGAGCAGCAGAAGAUCGACGCGAAGAACGAGAAGAGGGCUACUCGCAAGCGCUUCAACCGCAAGAAAUAAGCACAUGCUCUUAGGAACGAGCUGCUGGAAGAGGAAGGUUGUACGUGUCAGAUCAAGUCCGCGGGUUCAAGUCUAUCCUUUUCAUUGUAUGGCUUUGUUAACGAUCCAGCGAGUGCGUAGGCUAGCAGACUGUCAAUAGACAACAUUUUGGCAUCACACA